GCUUUGACAGCUAAAAUUUGACAGCAAAAUUGUUGGUCAUUUUGUUUCGUAAAUUCUUGUACAAAAAACUUAAGCAUGGUUGAGGAGGGUAAUGAGUCGCCUGGGAAAGAUGAAAAUCCAGAAUCUAAAGAAGAGCCGAACAAAGGAACCGAAGAACCAAAAGAACAGCCUCCAGAAGGACCAGCUACAGAAGAGGAGAAAUCAGUCCGUAAGAAAAAAAAAGGAUCUCGGUCUGGUUCUAGGUUAACGCUCGAAGCCAGUGAAACCCAAGUCAAAAAAGAAGAAGCAAAAGAGGAAAAAGACACAGAGGAAAUCCAACCAGAAGCAGCCGAAACUGUGAAACCCGUUCCGGACGACGCACCCAAGCCAGACAAAAAGGGAAAAAAGAAGAAAGGGGAUAAAAAAGAAGAAAAAGCAAGCAAGAAGAAAGAUAAAGCAAGCGAGGAAAUUCAACCAGAAGCGGGUGGAGCUGGUGAAGAGAAUGCAAAUGAUGCAGAAGAAGCAGACAAAAAGGAAAUGGAGACAAAAGAGGAUAAAAAAGGCGAUAAAGCAAGCAAAAAGAAAGAUAAAGGGAAGAAGGAACCCGCUUCUGAGCCUGGCGAGAAAGAUAAAAAGAAGGACAAAAAGAAGAAAUCGGCAGAGGCUGAAAAAGAAGAAGGCCCACUACCGUCUCAAGAAAAAACUCUCGAAGACGCGUCUGGCAGUUUUCUCAAGGCAAAGUCUGUUUCUUCUAAAUCAAUAGACAAAGAUGCUUCGUCUUCUGCGGUAAAACUUGCUUUUUCUAAAUCCGUAGAUAUCGUUGGUUCAUCUUCUGCAGUAAAAACAGUUCCUUCUAAGUCUGUCGAAGUGACGAAAAGUGAAGAUUUGAAAGAAGAGCUGGCGAAAAGAGAGAGCAAGAAAAGUGUUACUAUAUCAGAAAUGAAGAUAGGCGUUGAGGGAUUGAAAACGGGAAUAAAGAAAAAAGGUAAGAAGAAGAAAGAAAAGAAAGUGAAAAAGACGUCUUCUUCAACCGAAGACGUAGGAAAAGUAGCAGAAAGUGAUCAAGGUAUUGCGGGAAAGCAAAAAAAGAAGAAAGGAAAACAAAAGAAAGGAGAAACGGUAAAGGAAGGCGCUGAGAAGGAAGUAAAAAUCAAAACACUUAAAAAAGAAUCGUCGAUUAAGUUAAAAAAGGGAGUAUCUAAAUCAGAUAGCAUUAUAAAGAAACUCAAGAGAUCUCAAUCAAACUUGGACCAGUUGAUGAGUCGGUUGUCUAUGCAUGCUGCAGAAAUGGAUGAACUCAGAAGGAUGUCCUCGAUGGGAAGACAAUCAUCAACGUGGACGCUCGCUGAGUCAAGUAGUACUGAGUCCUCAGAGGAAUCUGAAACAUCUGCAGUCGACAAAAGGAUCAGCUCGACCGGAGCGGUCAAAACAAAAAAGGGUAAAGGCAAAAAAGGUAAGAAAGGACAAAAGAAAAAAGAACCCGCUGAAGCGGAAGGCGAAGAAGGUGAACCCAAGAAGGAAAAGAAGAAAGGAAAAGGAAAAAAAGGAAAAGAAAAAGAGGAAAAAGAACCAGAACCAGAAGACGACGUCUUGGCAGAAAUAAACCGAAUGAAAUACUUAGCCACCCUAGCGGCUAGCGGACAAGAUCUUGCAGAAACUGCCGAAAGCAUCAAAGCUGCCUCCAUCAAACAGAAGAAGAAAAAAAAGAAGAAGAAGAAGAUAGUGGAACCCGAGCUGUCGAAGAAGGAGAAGCUCCGACUGGCGGCGGAACAAGCCGAGAAGGCCAAAAUCAGCGCUGAGGAGGCGGCGGCGAAGGCCGCCGAACUCGAGCGCAUCCGAUUGGCGGAGGAGCGCAAAGCGGCGAUUGAGAAGCAGAAAAAGGAGGGGUUCGAGCAGCAACUGCGAAUGGAGCAGCUGGAGAGCGCGUUCGAGCAGUUCGAGGACCUGGUGGCCUACGUCAACAAUAUGCGGGAGGCCGCGAAGAUACAAGCGGAUUGGGAGUUCUAUGUGAACUGUGGGCGGUUACCCAAUCCCAGCAAGUGCGACCAGAUGAACACUUUCUUGCACCUAUGGGAGAACGCGAUUCAGGAGACGUCCAUGGAGGAGGCGGCGCGAAAAACGGAGGACGUGCUAGAGCUUUUGGAAGAAUUGGAUGACUUGAUUGAUACGGCGAAGGCGAACGAUAGCGACAAGGUCGAGAACUGGAAAUGGGUUAGGUUACUAUUUCGAGUACAACAAGCCAAAAGUCUAGAUGUCGCCACUUACCGAUUGUUGAGAAACAUCGAGAAGAAUCUACACAGAAUUGACAUUCCCACUGCCGAUUAUAAGUAUCAGGAUGACAAUAUCGCUCUUUGUUUGUGGCUGCGGAUUCAACUCCCCACUCCUCUUCCGAACCCGAGGCGACCACCCAAGCCGCGUAUUGAAGUCCAGUUUCCCGAAAUGAAAAUGGAGGUUCAGUAUCCCCCAUCUAUUGACGGGGAAAAGAUGGCAGUUAGAGCACUGUAUGUCAAGUACGACCAUCUAAGUGAUCUCAGUGAAACGUAUGACAAGCCUCCAAUUCCAGAACAUUAUGAUAUGGAUUUGCACGAUGCGGUGAGAAGAGAAUGGAGGGAGAAAAUGCUUUAUAAAUACAAAAAUAGGAUCCGACCGCCCCCCCCAACAGUCGAGGAAGGGGCCGAAGGGGAAGGGACAGAGGAAGUAAAAGACGAAGUAUUUCCUGAUGAUCAAGAAAUUCCUACUGUUCCGUAUAGGAAGUUGGAACCAACAGCUAGCGAAUUUGUCAUCAACAACGAAGAGAAACUCUACAAAGAAACUCGCUCCGCUCUAAUCAAAACCGUCCCGGAUGACGUCAUCAACCUCCGCAAAUACAGCAUCAUAGGCGGCGUCUACUACCUAAAUCUCGUCCACCAACCCCCGCAACCCCAGGACUUCGUCACCCUAGAAAUGAACUUAACACCACUAUAUCUCCCCAAGGAACUCGAACUCGUCGACUUGUACCUCGACUACAGCCUCCCCGCGGUGCACGAGCCCAACGUACGCCGCCCCCCCGAAGAAAUCGAGGAAGAAAUGAAGAAACACGAGGAGGAACUCGAGAAACUAGUUCUAGUAACUUUGACGUGGCCUGAGCACGUCAUUUUCUUGGAACUACCAAUGGUGUGCUUCUGGGACGCCGAGCAACGGGUUUGGUCGAAGCAGGAAGUCCACGAUUUGAAGCACAACGAAGAGAAAGGGCAACUGAGUUUCAGGACGAGGAAGGGCGCCAUUUUUGGGUUGGCGGUGUACAGGUAUGCCAACCUGCCGUACCAAGCAUGGGAGAUGCGGCCUGAGGCGAAUGGUACGGUUUCGCUGCAGAUAACCGCGGCGAUUUUGAUGGUGGAGUUUAAUGUUAAAGAUGGGCUUAUAGCGUUGUCGCAGUUGCAAAAUAGCCCGAAUAACGCACUACAAGAUAUUAUAGGGACGUACUACGAGCUGCCUAAGUUGAUUAGGGUACUGCAAAGUGCUGGCGUUGAUGUUUUUCCCGCGUUUGACGCUUUCUGCUAUAUUGAAACCACGUGCGAAAAGCACUGGCCAAUGGAAAAAAAUCUCUAUUUCAAUAUGGCGCAGUUAGGUGUUUGUUUCAACUUUGCGUGGUCGCGCUGGAAUAUGCCUGUAGGUCGUCGCAGUGUGGUUUUCCAAAUGCGCGAAUACAACCCUGAAAAAACGAAACAAAAGAACCACCUCAUGUUACACGUGACUCCGCUCAACGCCAUCUAUGUGGACUGUACGGAAGUGAGUCAAAGCUUCAACGAAGAAGGCAUCGAGGGCAUGAAGUUCUAUCCAGACUUGUUUCAUUUGAUGAAGGGCACAUGCAGCAUGGCGCUGAAGGACAAAGUCUCCAAAGCCCCCAAAAAGCUGGUUUUUGCGUGCUACGAAUUGCUGGUGGCAACGAGAGUGGUCAGUUUUUCGUAACAACUGCGAAGAUUUUUGACAUUUGACCUGCUUAAGUGAUUUUAUCGAAUUUUUCACAUGAGAGUCAUGCAAUGUACGUAUGAUCUGUGUUUAUGCGACUAAAAUAAAUUGUUAUCGGUGUUCUGGUGGUGCGUUCUGGUUUAGUUGUUGAUAUUUUGUUCCACAAUCAAGAUGGGUGUGAAUUGGGCUACAGUUGGAACAAUUUUAGUACUGGUGGUGGCAACCCUGUGCGACGAUUUUUGUAAAUUUAGCGUCACUCACAAGCUGCCACAAGUGACGUGCUCAAACCAUCACGUGACCUCGGGAUGGGAAACCCAUAUACCUGCACACAACGUAGAAAAGCUUAUUUUUAAGAAUAUCACAGGCCCAUUGGACCUCUCGAACCUUACUUUAGACAGCUUAAAGUACCUGGUGGUCUCCCACAGCCGCAUUGACACAUUCACUCUAGGCCACUUCCCCCAACUGGUAUUUCUGACAAUUACCAAAAACAAAAAAUUCCCUAAUUUGACAGCAGAAACUCUCGCCCCCUCUACACACAUCAACUGGCUGUCCCUCAUCUCCAACAACCACGCACUCACACCAAACGCGUUCCAAAUUUUGGAAAACUUAACCUGGUUGCACAUACAGAACCAAAAAUUUGAACACCUCACCGGCGAGUUUUUCAAAAAUAGCACAAAACUGCACGAACUGUCCAUCAGGAGCUGUCAUUUGGAGCGAAUCGACGCCGAUGCUUUUGAUAACACAACCGACCUUGAGAUUUUAAGCGUCAAUUUUAAUAAGUUGCGGCAUUUUGAACUUGGUACUUUUAAACAUCUGCACAAACUCAAAAUUUUGGAAUUGCAUCAUAAUAAAUUUGUCGAUUUUAAUUUGGCGCAGUUUCAAGGGUUGGUAUCUUUGGAGGUUUUAGGGCUUCCGUCGAAUUUUCUGAUGAAUGUGUGUGCGCAUGAGUUGGUGGAAGUUUUUCCGAAGUUGCGGAAGAUGGAGGUGAAGAAGAAGGACGCGAGGCAUGGGGAUGUGAAAAAUUUGAUUAUGGAAUUGAGAGGGGAGGGGGUGGAUAUUAUCGGGACGCCGCACGACUGUCAUUCGAAAAUUAAUGGUUGUAAUCAUCCAUUUUAAACUAGUAGGGGAUGUUUAUUUAUGUUGUUAUUUAUAUUUUGUGAUAAAACUCUAGUAGGUUUUAAAAUAUUCGUUACGGUCCUGUAGUUUCAUAAGAUUAAGUCAUUGUCUGCUUUGUUUGACAAUUUUCUGCAAUAAAACUAGCACAGAUAUAGUA